AUGUCCGUGAAUCGCGUCCGACCUGAACACUCUGGUCCCCCAGAACUGUAUUAUAAUGAAGAAGAGGCAUGUAAAUACGCUUCAAACUCGCACAUAGUCUCCAUUCAAACUGAGAUGGCAGAAAGGGCUUUGGAACUGCUUGCGCUACCGGACGACAAAUCAGCGUUUCUGUUGGACAUCGGCUGCGGUACAGGUAUAAGUGGAGGAGUGUUGGCAAAUGCAGGUCAUUGUUGGGUAGGACUUGAUAUCAGCAGGCCAAUGCUGGAAAUUGCUAGUCAAGACGAUGAAGAUAGAGAUAAUAUGGGCGACUUUAUACUGGCCGAUAUGGGCAAUGGAGUGCCGUUUUUGCCCGGUGUCUUUGAUGGAGCUAUCAGUAUUUCGGCUAUUCAAUGGUUAUGCCAUGCGAACUCUACUGAUCAGAAUCCCAAGCGACGUCUUCAUCGCUUUUUCCAGACGCUUUAUGGGUGCUUGGGUCGAGGAACUCGGGCAGUCUUCCAGUUCUACCCAGAGAAUGAACACCAGUCAGCUCUGAUUAUGUCUUUAGCUACAAAAGCUGGAUUCAAUGGUGGACUUGUUGUGGAUUAUCCAAAUAGUGUCAAAGCGAAAAAGUGA